AUGAAGUUCCGCGAUGGCAUGUGGCUCACCGCGGAGGGGGUCCAAGUCGAGUAUGCCGAAGAGGUUUACGACAUUGCCGAGACCGAGAAGGGUUUGAGUCUGCUGUGCCCGACGCGGAAGAUCUUCAGUAGGGGAGACACGUUGAACCGCAGCACAUUGACCGUAGACGUAGAAGCAGCAUGCGACGGAGUCAUAUCAGUCGAGACGACGCACUGGGCUGGCGCCGUGAACAAGGGACCUCACUUCGACCUCUUCCCAGACGGGCGACCCAGCAUCGAGCACAAGGUCUCGAAAGGCGACAAGGGAACAACCCUCAGCGCCGGCUCGCUAUCAGCCACGGUCGCCGGAGACGAUCACACCUUCGACAUCCGCUUCCACAGCACCGACGGCUCAAAGCACCUCACGUCCCUGCUCGGCCGCAGCGUGGGACUGGCAUACACCCCCGCGCCCAGCAACCCGCUGCAGACGGGCGACAUGCGAGACUUCAAGCACUACAUCUUCACGCAGACGACGCUGGGCGUCGGCGAGUCCGUCCACGGGCUGGGCGAGCGCUUCGGCGCCUACAACAAGGUCGGCCAGUCGGUGGCGCUGUGGAACGCCGACGGCGGCACCUCGAGCGACCAGGCCUACAAGAACGUCUCGUUCUGGCUCAGCUCCCGGGGCUACGGUAUCUUUAUCGACACCCCCGAAAAGGUCGACCUGGAGAUCGGCAGCGAGCGGUGCAGCCGCGUGCAGACCAGCGUCGAGGGCCAGCGGCUGAAGUGGUACAUCAUCUAUGGCCCUACCCCUAAAGAGGUCCUGGGGAGGUACUCUGUCCUCACCGGAAGGCCCAGCAAGGUGCCGAGUUGGAGUUAUGGCCUGUGGCUUAGCACGAGUUUCACUACUAAUUACGACGAGGCGACGGUGAAGUCGUUCUUGGAGGGUAUGAAGGAACGGGAUACGCCGGUGGACGUGUUCCAUUACGACUGUUUCUGGAUGAAGGCCUUCACAUGGACCGACUUCGUCUUCGACUCGGAGCGCUUCCCGGACCCCAAAGCCCAGAUCGCGCGGCUGAAGUCGUCGGGCCUGGUGAAGAAGGUCUGCGUGUGGAUCAACCCCUACAUCGCACAGCACGGCGCCGCCUUCAAGCACGCGGCCGAGAAGGGAUACCUGCUGAAACGAAAAAACGGCGAGGUCUGGCAGUGGGACCUGUGGCAGGCCGGCAUGGGCCUGGUCGACUUCACCAACCCCGAGGCUGUGAAGUGGUACGUGAGCUGUCUCAACGGGCUCUUCGACCAGGGCGUCGAUGCCAUCAAGACCGACUUUGGCGAGCGCAUCCCGACGCUGGAUGUGGAGUGGCACGACAAGUCGGUCGAUCCGCACAAGAUGCACAACUACUACGCCUUCAUCUGGAACAAGACCGUGUACGAAGCCCUACAAGCGCGCUACGGCACCACAGAAGCGGUGCUCUUCGCGCGGUCCGCCACCGCCGGCACGCAGCGGUUCCCGCUCGUCUGGGGCGGCGACUGCGAGUCCACACCAGAAGCCAUGGCGGAGUCGGUGCGCGGCGGGCUCGGGCUCGGCCUCUGCGGCUACGCCUUCUGGUCCAACGACAUCGGCGGCUUCGAGGGGUCCCCCGCGCCGUGGAUCUACAAGCGCUGGGUCGCGUUCGGGCUGCUGUGCUCGCACAGCCGCCUGCACGGCAGCAACUCGUACCGCGUACCCUGGACCAUCGACUCUGACUCUACGGAAGAAGAAGGCUGCUCGCGCACGCUGGCGCGCUGGACGGCGCUGAAGACGCGUCUGAUGCCGUACCUGUUCGCGCAGGCCGGGCGGGCUGUUAGGGAGGGGCUGCCGCUGUCGCUGCGCGCCAUGUGUCUCGAGUUCCCCGACGACCCGACGGCCUGGUUUCUGGAUCGCCAGUUCAUGGUCGGCGAGAGCCUGCUCGCCGCCCCCGUCUUCGACGAGUCGGGCGAGGUGGAGUUCUACCUGCCGCGGGGCACGUGGACGUCGUUCUUCACGAACCAGACGCGCGACGGCCCGGGCUGGUUCAGGGAAAAACACGGGUUUGGCAGCCUGCCGCUGUACGUGCGCGAGAACACGGUGCUGGUGCUGGGCAAGCCUGGCGUCAAGGGCGCCGUGUACGACUACGCGGCCGAUGUCGAGGUCUGUCUGUAUCAGGUUAGGGAGGGGGCGAGCGCGGAGCUGGUUGAUGGUGAGGGCGAAGUGUUGGGGACGUUGAGGGUGGGGACUGAUGGCGGGCUUGAGGGGCAGGAGUUGCUGAAGGGGGCGUGGACUAAGAAUGAUGGUGGUCGUCAUGUCGAGGAGUCUUACAUGAAGACGAUUGAGUGGCUGUGA